AUGUUGUCCAAGGCUAUUGCCGUCCUGGCGGCGGCGACGUUGACGUCGGCCGCUACGCCCCAGGGAUUCAUGCCCGCCUCGAAUACUCCCCUAAUCGUUUCCUACCAAGGCAUUUCGGCGCUGGACGGCGUGAACCUUCCCAGGGACUCUAGCCAGAAUGUGCCCACGAUCGCGACCGAGCAGAAGCUGAACGGCCAGUACGCCGUCAUCAUGGUCGACAUUGACGUCCCGACCAACCAGCCCCCGAAGACCGGCACGCUCCUCCACUGGAUGCAGACCGGCUUCACGUCCGCCGACACCCCGACGAUCCUCAACACGACCGCCGGCACCAAGAACGUCUUCCUCAUGCAGAACAAGAUGAACGCGGCCGCCCUCGCGCCCUACUUCGGCCCCAACCCGCCCGCGAGGGAGCCCCUGAGCCACCGCUACACUUUCAUCGCCGUCGACCACACCAUGAUCUCGCAGCAGGGCCUCAUGGCCCUCUCCGGCGCCGCCCAGAGCCGCCGCGACUUCAACCCCAUGAACGCCCUCAUGGCCGCCGGUCUGCAGGACAAGGUCGUCGCGGGCAACUUCUUCCGCGUCACCAACGCCGGCCCCGUCGGCGCGGGCACCGGUAUGGGUCCCGGCGCGGGCGGCUCUCGCGGAAACGGCACCGGCUCUGGUACCAUGCCCGGCAUGUCGCCCAUGCCCGCGCCCGGCGGCGGCGGUGGCAUGAGACCUCCCCCCGCCAUGCCUCCCCCGGGCACCCCGACCACCCCCGGCGCGAACCCCGGCAUGGCUCCCGGUAUGCCCAACAUGCCCGGCAUGAGCAUGCCCCCGGGCAUGACGAUGCCGAUGCCCGGUAUGGCCUCUAGCCCGCCCGUCGGCGGCGCUCAGCCGACCAACCCCAUGAAGGCUGCCGGUCGUGUGGUCGUUCCCGGUUUCGGCGUCUUGACGGCCGGCCUGUGCGCCGUUGGCACGAUGUUCCUGUGGUUGUAA